CUCGUCGCCUAUCCCCCUCCCAUUCCCAAGCUCAACCCCCCGCCUCGCCCACCCGAGCCGACCCCUCUCGAAGCUUCCGGAACCUCCCUUAAGAGAGCGAUGCAGCCCCGGCGCCAGCAGCAGCAAUCGAUCCUCUCCUUCCUCCAGAAGCAGCCGCCGCGGCGGGACCCGGCGGGGGAGGGCACGACCCCCGAGAAGCCCCCGCGCCCCCCCGCGGGGUCGGUCGCCGGCAUCAUGGAGAGGCUCGUGCGUCCGCCGCCGCUGCCGCAGCCCCAGGGGAGAAACAAAGAUGCUUCCCGGGUUAGACAUGCGGAGAAGGCCACCUCUGUGAAAAAUCAAGUUCCUUCAAAUGAGCGUUCAACUCCAUUGUUCUCAAGGCCUUGUAAUGUUGAAUACAGCAAAGUAACCCUGUUUCCAGAACAAAGUUCGGAUAUGACUCCCUUGCAGGAGCCCCUGAAGCAUUUAUUGAGGUCUUCUGUAGAUGAAUUUGUUAGAGCAAGGACACUGUUCGGCUCAAAUCAAACUCCUCUUCAGGAGCAUCCAAAGAAGUUAUUCUCAGAGUUUCCUAAUAAUAGUUGCAUUCGAGCUACUUCAUUAUUUGAAGAAUUUGAUGUACAAACUCCUUCUCAGGAUCCCUCAAAGAGAAUCUUCCUGGGGCCUUCUCAUGGAGCUGAUACACCUUUAACAGAAUAUGGUUCAGAUCAAACCCUUUUGCAGCAUUCAUCAAAGAAGUUUUCAUUGAUUUCUGCUAAUGGUGAAUAUGCUAGAGCAGCGACAGCCUUUGGGUUAGAUUCAAAUGAUACUUGUACAGAGGAACCUUCAAAGAAGCUAUCCUCAGGAUCCUCAGACCCUUUUUACAUCAAAGCAACAAAUUUGUUUGCAGAACUAGAUUCAAAUGCAACCCCAUCGCAGAACCACUUGAAAAAUGUCUCUUCGGUGCUCAUGAAUGAUAAACAUGUAGCAGCUGUGACACUAUUUCCGGCACUUGAUUCUAGUCCUUCGAAACCAGAAACGCCAGCAAUGCAAGCAGCCAUUCCUCGCCCAAAGCGAGUUCGAGAAGAACAAAGUGCGACUGCUGACAACCAACCCUCUCCUUUGCGGGUCUUGAACAAGAAGAUGAAAUCAUCUCAUUGUUCUCCUAUUGGGAAGAAGGUUCAUGAUGAGAUAGCUGAAAGUGCACGGAGCAAGUUUGAGUGGCUGAAUCUGUAUACCAUCAGGGAUGCAAAUGGAAGACGACCAAAUGAUCCACUUUAUGACAAGAGUACUCUAUUUAUUCCACCUGAUGCGUUGAGAAAGAUGUCAACCUCUCAAAAGCAAUACUGGAAUAUUAAGUGCAAAUACAUGGAUGUUGUCCUUUUUUUCAAAGUGGGAAAAUUUUACGAGCUCUAUGAGCUAGAUGCUGAGAUUGGCCAAAAGGAACUUGACUGGAAAAUGACUGUUAGUGGGGUGGGCAAGUGCCGACAGGUUGGCAUUUCAGAGAGUGGGAUAGAUGAUGCUGUUGAUAAGCUUGUAGCUCGGGGGUAUAAAGUAGGAAGAAUAGAACAAAUGGAAUCUGCAGACCAGGCCAAAGCUAGAGGGUCAAACACAGUUAUUGAAAGAAAGUUAGUUCAGGUGUGCACACCGUCAACUGUAGCUGAUAGCAACAUUGGGCCUGAUGCUGUACACCUUCUUGCAUUGAAAGAGGUUACCCUAGCUUCUAGUGGUUCUCGGGUGUAUGGAUUUGCUUUUCUAGACUAUGCUGCUCUUAAAAUUUGGGUGGGUUCACUCCAUGAUGAUGAUUCGUCUGCAGCUUUGGGGGCUUUGUUGGUGCAGGUUUCUCCAAGAGAAAUAAUCUAUGAAACAUCAGGCCUCUCAAAAGAAACUCAUAUAUCGAUGAGAAAAUAUGCCUCAGCAGGGUCUGUGAAAAUGCAGCUGACCCCACUAUCUGGGAUAGAUUUCUCUGACGCAUCACAAAUUCAAAUGUUAAUCCAUUCUAAAGGGUACUUCAAAGCAUCAACAGAUUCGUGGUUAAAUGCAUUGGAAUAUUCGGUGAAUCGAGAAGCGGUUAUUUGUGCACUUGGUGGACUUAUUGGUCAUAUGACUAGGCUUAUGUUACAUGAUGCUCUAAAAAAUGGGGAAGUCCUACCGUACCAUGUGUACAAAACUUGUCUAAGGAUGGACGGUCAGACUCUUGUGAACCUUGAGAUUUUCAGCAACAGUUUUGAUGGUGGUCCAUCAGGUACUUUAUAUAAGCACCUCAAUCACUGCGUCACUGCAUCUGGUAAGCGGCUGCUAAGAAGGUGGAUUUGCCAUCCACUAAGGGAUGUUGAUGAUAUCAAUAAAAGGCUCGAUGUUGUUGAAGGUUUCAUCCUAAACUGCGGUCUAGGUCCUAAAACACUCGAGUAUCUCCGUAAAAUACCUGAUCUUGAGAGAUUAUUAGGACGAGUUAGAUCCACUGUUGGGUUAUCAUCUUCAGUCCGGCUGCCCUUUGUUGGAAAAAAGAUAUUAAAGAGACGGAUUAAAACAUUUGCCAUGCUUAUCAAGGGCCUCCGGGUUGGAACUGACUUACUAAAUGAAAUACAAAGAGGGGAUCAUGGUGUCUCAGCUCUUUAUAAGGUUGUGGAGAUUCCGGCAUUGAGCUCCCUACGUGAAUUAAUUCAUCAAUUUGAAGAGGCAAUACAAAAUGAAUUUCCAUGUGACCAGGAUAAUGAUGUCAAAGAUGAUGAUGAUAACACUUUGGCUGUUCUAGUGGACCUCUUUGUUGGAAAGGCUUUUGAAUGGUCUCUGGUGAUCAAUGCUGUCAGCAUUAUCGAUGUGCUUAGGUCCUUUGCUGCAAUGACUUUGUUGUCAUUUGGCACCAUGUGCAGACCACAUAUUCUGCUGAAAGAUGGUGUGCCUGUACUUCAGAUGAAGGGUCUAUGGCAUCCCUAUGCUUUUACAGAAAGUGCAAAUGGGCUGAUACCAAAUGAUUUAUCUCUUGGUCAUGAUUUAUCUGGUUUUAAUCGUUUUGCGUUGCUGUUAACUGGUCCAAAUAUGGGUGGGAAAUCUACGAUAAUGCGCGCCACCUGCCUGGCUAUUGUACUUGCCCAGCUUGGCUGUUAUGUCCCCUGCCAAUCAUGUGAAUUGACCCUCGCGGACUCCAUCUUUACACGUCUUGGUGCAACAGAUCGGAUUAUGUCUGGAGAAAGCACGUUUCUUGUUGAAUGUACUGAGACUGCCUCUGUUCUUCAGAACGCAACUGAGGACUCUCUUGUCUUGCUUGACGAGCUUGGCAGAGGAACUAGCACAUUUGAUGGAUAUGCAAUUGCAUAUGCUGUAUUUCGCCACCUUGUGGAAAAGGUGCGAUGCCGUCUGCUCUUCGCCACUCACUACCACCCUCUCACAAAGGAGUUUGCCUCUCACCCUCACGUGAGCCUCCAGCACAUGGCCUGCAUGCUCAAGCCAAGGAGCGGUGCCCACGGCAGCAACGGUGAGAAGGAGCUCACCUUCCUCUACCGGCUCACCUCAGGAGCCUGCCCAGAGAGCUACGGCCUGCAGGUCGCCACAAUGGCAGGGCUUCCGAAGUCUAUAGUGGAGAAGGCUUCAGUCGCAGGCCAGAUGAUGAGGUCAAAGAUCGCCAGGAACUUCAAGUCGAGCGAACAGCGGGCGGAGUUCUCGACCCACCAUGAAGAAUGGCUGAGGACGGCCCUGGCGGUGAGUGUGAAGGACGGCCACUUGGAUGAGGACAUCAUGGACACCCUGUUCUGCGUCUCGCAAGAGCUCAAAGCUCACUUCAGGAAAACAAGUUGAGCAUUCGCCACCAGUUGCAACUAAUUAUCAAUGUUUAUAUCCAGUUCGAUACCAUCUUUUGCACGUUAUAAUAUCGUACCUUUAGCAUCACUUGAUUUAAUAUAAUCAGCCUUUUUGAUGGCUUGAGUUA